UUGAUGCUGAUAGCGUUUGAUGAGCGUCAUGGCGCCGAAUAGAAGCUGGAACCAGCAGCAAUCGAGCCACGUUCAAGAACUUACCACAUUCUUCCAGGCUAAUAGCCGUGUCAAGGAUUACCAGGCCCACUCGUUCAAAGUUCACUCCGUCAAUUGGAGUUGCGAUGGACGUCGCCUGGCUUGCGGAAGCUUCGACAAAACCGUCAGCAUCUUCGUCUUGGACAAGGAUCGCAUGGCGAAGGAUCAUGUCUUCAAGGGUCACGGAGACAGCGUCGACCAGUUGUGCUGGCACCGUUCAAACCCUGACCAAUUGGCGACGGCAAGUUUGGACAAAACUGUCCGGUUGUGGGACGCACGGACGCAGAAAUCGAUAGCAGUCGUCGGCACAAAAGGCGAGAACAUUAACAUCUGCUGGUCGCCUGAUGGACAAACAAUUGCUGUGGGAAACAAGGAAGAUCUGGUGUCCUUUAUUGACGUCCGAUCACACAAGGUCCGCACAGACCAGCAAUUCAAGUUUGAGGUGAAUGAGAUCGCCUGGAACAACACCAACACGCAUUUCUUCCUCACCAGUGGCCAAGGUUGCAUCCACAUACUUAGCUACCCCGACUUGCAACUGCAGACUGUGUUAAAUGCCCAUCCAGCCAACUGCAUCUGCAUCGAGUUUGAUCCGACGGGCAAGUACUUUGCCACGGGCAGUGUGGACGCCCUGGUCAGCCUUUGGGAUGUCCAAGAGCUGGCCUGCCUUAGGACAUUCUCGCGGUUGGAGUGGCCAGUGCGAACCAUCAGCUUCAGCCAUGAUGGGAAAAUGCUGGCAUCUGCAUCGGAGGACCUGCUUAUUGACAUUGCCGAUGUGGAAACUGGUGAAAAAAUAUUUGAGGUUCCGUGCGAGUCGCCCACCUUCACGAUAGCGUGGCACCCCAAGCGCCACCUACUGGCAUUUGCCGGCGACGACAAAGGGGAACGGGACCAAGAUGCAGGAACGGUGAAAGUAUUCGGCUGGCCAAGUUCGUCGUGAACAGUCACCAACUCUGUCUCAUUUGGUACGUGCUUUGUACAUAAAUAAAAUAUUCACUCAUCCAAAAAA